CACCAUAGGCUAUCCUGUCCAUUGGUCUUUUUUGGUGUUUUUGCUUCCUUUAAUUCUUUGUUGGAUCCCAUUACAUGUCACAGCCUGAAUUUGUAACUCUGGUUAAUCGUUGCUUUCUUUAUGAAAGCUGUACUACUAACUAUACUACACCCCAAAAUCUUCGUGUACAUCUGCAUACUAGCCACGAUUUCGUAUUUCCUAAUCGACUCAAAACAAAGCGACGGCGCAACAACAAGUUAUUUUGGUAUACGCCCUAUCCUUGUGAUGAUAAACGGAUCAAGAAGCAUUUUGCAUGUCCAUGUUGCACUGCUCAUUUCGACAAUUUGAACUCUCUCAGCAAUCAUUUUAAUACCGAUCAUGAGGAUUAUCUUCCUGUAGACGAGCCCAGGCCACUAUCCCUCAGUAGCGGCAGUGUAUCAUCUUGCAGUAGUACCAAUACAUCAUCCAGCAGCAACACGCUACCCAGCGAAUUGUCUCUCAGUGAUGAUCAGCAUAAUUCUCUCAACAUCACCGCCACCAUUUUUAUGGACAAUCAUCAAGAUCAAGGUAGCACUGAAGUUGGGAUAAAACGCAACCACGACGAAACUCUCUUGCCGGAUACAGUUUCGUUUGAACCACCCCAGGGCGACCGCUUAACUGUGAGGGAUUUUGAUGUAUCUGAAGCGUUGUACCAAAUGCAACUUUCACUGAAAAAAUACAAGUAUAAAUUGUCUCUGGAGGAUCAUCUGCAUGUCAUAAUGGCCUCAGCAUCGAUCUUGCUUUUGACGCCCUACAAGUAUCCGGAUGAGUUGAAGCCUUUUAUUCAGCACGAUAACUGGCUUGCUACCAUUAAACUCAUUCAAAACAGGUACAAGAUCAAUCGGUUGUCUAUGCCUGUCAACACCGUGGCCAACAUGCUCGCGACCAUCGAUCAGCUCGUUACCGGCAAUAUCAACAGAAAGGGUGCUGUUCACGCCAUUGAUUCUUUAUCACUAUCAGCGCACGAGUCCAUGUUUGCUGCGGCAUUGUGCUCCUUGAUCCGCAAACUUCCACCUUUAGCCAUCGAAGAAGACAUGAAUGAAUCCGAACUGUGCUCGAGAUUUGUUGAUCCAUUCCUUUCUGGUCUUUUUGACGACCCCGAUGCCGGUGUAUAUCUCCGUUGGACCAAUGAAACCACUUUAGAAACGAAAAAGCACGGAAAUCAAGAUGGUUUGCGUCCUGAUAUGUGCAUCACUAAGUCUUACGGUGUAAAGUGGAGCUCAAGCUGUGGCUAUGGUGAGGCUAAGGCGUCCAAGCAAGCGGAAGAUCAUCAUGUGGUAUGCUAUGAUCUUCUCAAAGUAGCAGCAUUCUGCAAGAAUGCUCUUGACAAGCAAAAAUUCGAUGGUAUCUUGGGAAUCCAGAUCGUUGGCCGAACAAUUAUCUUUUAUGUACUUCUUUUGCCUGCCACGAAACUGUACACUAUGCUCAGAUUGGCCGAGAUCAAGCUACCCGACAGCCUCCAAGGUUUGCCAUCCUUAGUGACAGAACUACCAAACAUCUUGGGUGUUUUGGAUGUAUUUGACAACUUAUGCAUUCCAGCAAAGAAUAUAAAACGAGCUAUCGAUUGCCAAACCUCAACAGAACCAAUGUCGUUGUUCAACCUCAUCCUCUCAUCAUCUAAGGAUCGAAAGAGACCCUGCCAUUUAAAGCUUCGACAUAAUUAGUAUCCACUAUCCACGUGCUCCAACCAAUCUAACCUAUCCAAUCUGUACCCACAUUUCGGUUGAUUUCAAAAAAAAUAUUCCCUCCUGUAGUAAAGCACAAAUUUUGUAAUCAUCAAUAUAAUUGGAUAGACUUACUCUAUUCUUCACUUAUUUUCAUAACCAUACACAUAAAGAGACGUCAAAAAAAGGAUAAUUUUGCGUUAGUUUCUGUUAAUUUCAGAAAUGCGAUAUGGCCAAUGACGACCUCGAUCAUAGGCUACAUCAUAGGCUACAUCAUAGGCUA